CAGUAUGGAGCUCAGUCAACUUCCUCUUGUGCUCUUGCUGAUUUCAAACAUCUACUCUGGACAUACUGAAGAAACACCAAAACCCAAAGUAACCAUUAAACCUGCUCAACAUGUAUUCAGAGGAGAGACAGUCACUCUCAGAUGUGACAUAAAUGCUGAAGGAGUCACUAGCUGGCAGUACAGCUGGUAUAAAGAAGAUUCAACCGGUGUUUUCAGUGAACUACAGGAACACACAUUCAGUCCUGUUACUGAGUCUGACGCAGGUAAAUACUUCUGUUAUGGAGCAAAGACAGACAGAUCACGCAGAUCACACAUCAGUGAUGAAGUUACACUGACAGUAUCAGAUAAAGCCCAGUGCCGACAUCGAGCAGAAACUCACGACUACAACAGAUAUCGUUCUGAUCUGCUCUCAGACAGCAGCAGAGGAGCUGGAGGAAACUACACUGUCAGUUCUGCUGCUCCAAAACACACAGGAGUUUAUGUGUGCAGAGCAGAGAGAGGAAAACCAGCCUAUAACACAACCAUCAGCAACACACAGUUAAUAUGUGUCACUGCUGUAAUUGUCUUCUCAGGUGUUUCUCCUCCAGUCUCUCUGAUCGUCAGUCCCAGCAGAACUCAACACUUCACAUUAGUCUCUCUCUCUCUGAGCUGUGAGGACCAGACUAAAUCUACUGGAUGGACAGUGAGAAGAUACAGAGACAGCUGGCGGCUGGAAGAUUGUUCAUCAGUGUGGGGAUCACAAACAGGAUCUACUUGUACAAUCAGCUCCACCAUCCCAUAUGACACUGGAGUUUACUGGUGUGAGUCUGAAUCUGGAGAUAAACAUCAUCCUGUUAAUAUCACUGUACACUUUGGUGUGAUUCUGGAGAGUCCUGUUCAUCCUGUGACUGAAGGAGAAACUCUGACUCUACGCUGUUUAGAUCAGUUUUCAACCCCACCAAACCUCAGAGCUGAUUUCUAUAAAGAUGGAUCACUCAUCCAGAAUCAAACUACAGAGAUGAUCAUCUCUAAUGUCUCAAAGUCACAUGAAGGUUUCUACUCCUGCAAACACCCAGAGAGAGGAGAGUCACCCAAGAGCUGGAUCUCAGUCACAGUGUCUCAUUCAGGAUCUCCGAUCUCUGUCCUCCACACACUCAGUUCUGUGCUGGCAGUUUCUCCAUAUCUGCUCGUGACAGUCGUGCUGAUUUUCAAAUGCUGCAGGAUGAGAGUUUCAUCUGUUGAAGAGCAAGAAACUGCGAUCUGAUCUUAAUCUGUCGUGACGGUGAGAAAACUUCAGCUUCAUCCUGGAAUCUCUCAGUAUCUCAGUUCAGACUGAACAUGCUUGCUUACUGUAAAAGUCACAUUUUAGGAGCGACUCCUUUUGGCAUCUCACAGUUGUUAAAGUCAACAUGAACCAGCAUCACAACUCUUUUGACUUCUGAGUGAAACAGAAUAUUCAACGAGAAAAUGUGUAGCGAAGACCUUGAUUUGAUCCAUCAGGAAUUAAUCGGAUUGUAAAAAAAAAAAAAAAAAAAGCUGUU